CAUAGAUUGACGUCUGAAGCCACCAAUAAUAUUUGCUGAAAAGAAUAAUAUUUAUCUCUCACUUCUCGUUGAUGGCGACUGUUUUGUCAGAUGACCUAAAGAAGCAUUAUAACAUGGUGUGGGAAGUUAAGAGUCCUCUGAGCGGCAGCAGUACUAUGUUGGAUAUCACAGGGCCAGGGCCAGAGGCAGGUAGAGACCAGGGAUUGGACCUUCUCCAGUGUGAAGAACACCUGCUCUCCUCCCCCUUAUGCCGCACCAGUGACAGCCACAUGGAAUACGAUGACCUCCCGGAGCUGGAGGAGGUGGAGGAGGACCAGACAGCGCCCGUUGUGUUUCAGGUGGGGGCGAGGGUGUCCCAUCAGGAACGUGACGGACACACACACACUCACACUGCCGGGCCCCCGGACACACACUGGCUCACACAGCUAGCUCACAUUGCCACGGGCCCCCAGAGUCCCUUGCUACAGGGCUCCACUCAGGUUGUCAGGUCAACUCCCAUCCACAUCUUUGGCACCAGUAGUAACCUCCAUUCCUAUGCCCGGCCUCCCCACACCCGGCCUCCCCUCACCUCCAACAGCCUGCCCUCUAGAGGCCAACACAGGGAGCGCAGCAGGCGAGUCAGGGUCAGUAGUGAGUGUGAGUCUGCUGUGUCCUGUCACUCCUCUGUGUCUGAUGACGAGGACAUGGGUUGGAGCCACUCCUGGCCACCUACUACCUGGCACUGCUUCCUCAAAGGCACUCGUCUGCAGUUCCAUAAGGGUUCUAGUGUGGAGUGGCAGGAUGCUGAGGAACUGGUGUCGGACGAAGACUCAGACGAUGAGACAGAGGCUAUAUCCCACCCCCUGAAGGGCUAUGGUCGUGAGGGCCUGAGGCUGGUGUCCCACACAGAGAGCCGGGCAUUCGGCCAGUCCGUCCUCAAGCUGACCUUUGACCCAGGUGCCUGUGGGGAGUGGCUUCUGUCCGCUGAGUGUCAGCCGGACCACCCGUUCUACAUCAGAAACAAAGGCUGGUCGUCGUUCUACCCCAGUCUGACUGUGGUGCAGUAUGGGAUCCCGUGCUAUGAUGUGAUGGUGGGUGAUGUGUGUCUGCCUCCUGGACACAGAGAUGCCGUCCACACUGACGACUCCCUGGUGUUCGACACAUUCAGGAGUUAUGACUUCACUCCCCUGGACUCGUCGGCGGUGUACGUUCUGAGCAGCAUGGCCCGGCAGCGUAGAACCUCCCAGUCCGGCGGGGGCGCCGUCAGCCCCGACCAAGACACACACCGCAACGAGCCAAUUAAGAGCCAGCAGGACUCGGGAGCAGCUGGCGGGGCUUCGCCCACGAAGUGCAAGCGGCCAAUGAAUGCAUUCAUGCUAUUCGCAAAGAAGUUCAGGUUGGAGUACACCCAGAUGUACCCUGGGAAGGACAACAGAGCGAUCAGUGUGAUCCUGGGAGAGAAGUGGAAGAAGAUGCGAGGAGAGGAGAGAAGGAGGUACACCAUGGAGGCCAAGGUUCUGGCUGACGAGCAGAAGAGACUCAACCCUGACUGCUGGAAACGCAAGAGAACCAACUCAGGUUCCCAGGGGAACUAAGAGACGCAGACACACGAGAGCGGGAUGAGGCAGAUGACAGGAGAAAAGAGAGGGAGGCGAUGGAGGGGAGGACAAACUUGGAAGAGGGGUGUAUGGGGGGGAGGCAGCACACAGAAGACGUACGCGCACGCACAUACACACACACUUUAGAUACGUAUAUAGAUGUACAGAUGAAGUCUGAAGUUUACAUACACCUUAGCCAGAUACAGUUGAAGUCGGAAGUUUACAUACACUUAGGUUGGAGUCAUUAAAACUCGUUUUUCAACCACUCCACAAAUUUCUUGUCAACAAACUAUAGUUUUGGCAAGUCGGUUAGGACAUCUACUUGGUGCAUGACACAAGUAAUUGUUCCAACAAUUGUUUACAGACAGAUUAUUUUGCUUAUCAGAAUGUGUCUCCUUCCUGAGCGGUAUGCCGGGUGCGUGGUCCCAUUGUGUUUAUACUUGCAUACUAUUGUUUGUACAGAUGAACGUGGUACCUUCAGGCGUUUGGAAAUUGCUCCCAAGGAUGAACCAGACUUGUGGAGGCCUACAAUUUUGUUUCUGAGGUCUUGGCUAAUUUCUUUUGAUUUUUCCAUGACGUCAAGCAAAGAGGCACUGAGUUUGAAGGUAGGCCUUGAAAUACAUCCAAAGGUACACCUCCAAUUGACUCAAAUUAUGUCAAUUAGCCUAUCAGAAGCUUCUAAAGCCAUGACAUAAUUUUUUGAAAAUGUAACUUCUGACUCACUGGAAUUGUGAUAGUGUAUAAUAAGUGAAAUAAUCUGUCUGUAAACAAUUGUUGUAAAAAAUGACUUGUGUCAUGCACAAAGUAGAUGUCCUAACCGACUUGCCAAAACUAUAGUUUGUUAGCAAGAAAUGUGUCGAGUGUUUGAAAAACAAGUUUUAAUAACGCCAAUCUAAGUGUAUGUAAACUUCCGACUCCAACUGUAUAUAUAAUAUACUAACUGUGCUUGAACAUAAGAUAUAUUUUUAAUGUCCGACUUGCCUUAAUCUUCCAAAGCAAGAAUGUAUUCUUUUUAAAUCAUUUUGAUUAAUUUCAGGUAAUUUCAUACCUUAUAGCUUGAAAAACAUGAGCCCCUGUGUUGCUGUAGAGUAGGGAAAGGGGAGGUGAAAACUAGAUGUCUAUUUUUCAACCAGAGAUCAGUCUAGAGAACUCAAAAAUGCUUCCGAUUGUUCUUAUGCCUAUAUUUGUAUAACUUGAUAUAUUAUUGCUAUUUUAUUCUAUUAUUACUAUUUUCACUUUGCACAUUCAGAGGGGAAGGGAGGGAGGAGUGGGAUAUGUGCUUAACCUUAAUUAUUGCUGUAAUUCCAAAUGGACACCUACCCCAUAGGUACUUAAAAGGAAAACUAUACUCAAAAACAACCUUUUGGUGUUUGUUACAUUAGUUACAUUGUUGACUUUGACUUUCAAGAAGCAAAGUGUCACUUGCCACAUCAUCGUUUUUGAGUGGAUGUUUCCUUUAAAGUAGAUCUUAUCUAGUCGUCCCAUAUCUACGCUAGUGUCUAGUGGGUAGGGGUUGGUUUGGACCUGGGCCUAUCUUACCCAGGUCAAGUGCACUGGGUGUGUGACAAACGACUAGGCCAUAUAACAAAGUGUUAUAUUAUAAUGAUGUUAACAUACCUAUGGGACGGACAUGCAUACUCUCACUGCAAUUAUGCACUAUACAGUAUACACUGUAUCUUCUGUACGACGAAUAUGUGUUGUGUACAUCAAUAUGUAACGAAUAAUUCAAGUGUAGCUAUACGCAAGUAUAAUUUCGGACUCUCAGUUUCAAGAUUGUGAAAUUGAUUUGAUUUGUUUAUUUAUUUGUCUUCAUCAAUAAUGUACUGAUCCUCCUGAAACUUGUGCCCACAAUGCUCUUCUAUUAUGACAGGAAAGAUUACCGAGACCACGACAAGAGUGUGUUGUGAUAGUAAAUGACGGGGUUAAGGUUUAGAGAACAUCUUUACUCAUCCUGUUCAAAUGUACAGUGCUGUUUAUAAUAACCUUAUGACUACUGAAAAGUCCAAACGUUAUAAUGUUAAAAAAAAAUCUAAACAUAACAAAUAAGCAUUACCGAUAUUUGAACUAAAUUAUCAACACAGUAAUACCCCCCCCCCCCAAAACAGACGAAAAAAACAGUAAUAACUUUUGUAAAUGGCUAGAAAGCCAACUUCAUAGUAAAAUAUCAAAUCUAGAGGUAUAAAUACAUUUGGCCUUUUGAUAGUGGUCAAGUAUUAUUAUUUACAUAAUAUGAGAUAAUAUUACAGAAUUUCACCCUUUCCAACGGAACAUCUCUUAUUCUACAAGUUUAACACCCGUAUUUACACAAGUCAUCCACAAGAGCAAGAAGAAGCAUACAGUAGAUAGAAUGACAGAAUAUAGGAAGGACAUGUAUCACUUUUAAGUAAUUACAUACAAAUAAGACAUUUCAAAGGGAUAGAUAGUUAAAUCAAAUAACUCAAAAACUUUAACAAACUUUAAAGAAGAAAAAAAAAAGAGUACAGAACAUUUGGCAUUAGUCACAAAGACAUAGUAUCAAAAGAGUUUUAAAGUACAACAUGAAUUACAAAAGGCACAGAAUACCAGACCCCCUAGCAGCCAGUUGUAAUGUGUGGUCAUACAUGCAAAACAGUAUGUUUUAUUCGGAUAAUUGGAUGCAUAAUCUCAUGUAUUUUGUAGCUAGCUAAACCUAUUACUCACAAUUUGCUAGCUCACGUUGCAAACGACUGGUACAAAAAAAGGUCUCUCUCUCAACAUAGAGCACAGUGUAUCUCCCAGAGCGUGUGGUGCUCCUUGUAGUGUGUCUGUGUGCGAGAGGUUACAUGAGGGACUCCAGGCUCUCUGCUGCAGUGGUGGCUCCCAGAGGGACAGAACCGUUGGUCUCAGGGGACUGUAGGGCCCUCUGGUCUUCCUGGCUGUCCACCAGACUCAACACGGCCCUGUACAUGAACUGGUACUGCUCCUAGGAGCGGAGUGGUGAAAGACAGAGUCAGUACAGGAUGGGCCAGGUGCAGGGUGCAAAUUACUGCGGAGCUAGUGGGGGCUCAGUUCCCCUGAAUGAGAUGUUAGCUCCUCUGAACAAAUUAGCAUUAUUUAUUAAUUCUUCUAAUUCAUUGAUAAAUAUGUUUUACAGUGGUAUAUAUCAAAAUAAAAGCUUCCAAAUUAAACGAACACCCCCACCUCUCUGUCAUGGUUUAAACGAGUGGUGUAAAUUUCGCCGCCAUUGGACACUUGAACAGUAGAAGCGCGUUCUCUGGAAUGGUCACGCUUCACCAUCUGGCAGUCCGAUGGAUGAAUCUGGGUUUGGCCAGAAUGCAUAAUGCUAGAAUGCAUAGUGCCAACUGUAAAGUUUGGUGGAGGAUAAAUAAUGGUCUGGGGCUGUUUUUUAUGGUUUGGGCUAGGCCCCUUAGUUCCAGUGAAGAGAAAUCUUAAUGCUACUGCAUACAAUGAAAUUCUAGACGAUUCUAUCCUUCCAACUUUGGUGUCCACAUACUUUUGGUCAUGUAGUGUACGUUAAUGACAGUAGACCUAUAGUUGACUCUUUCGGUUAAAAGCUUUCAAUUUUGCAAUGGCAUAGGCCUACAAUACUUUGGAUUUGUGUGCCCAUGAGGCCCGUUUUCACGGCACAACAUACCCAUGAUAUGUUCCGAAUUACAAUUAGUUGUGGCUAGCAUUAGCAAUUGUUUAAACGCUUAAUAGUCACAAGCAACACAGUCAUAAGUGUCAUUCGUGUAAGAAAGGAAAAGGAAAUGUUUGUUUUAUGUCACAUGAUCUGUGAAGACUCCAAGCAAUAACUCAUGAAUGUUUUGAUUCAACUCAUGCAUAUUAUAUUGAACGUAGGCUACCUGUUCUGCAUGUGUUUGUGUGUGUAAAACUGCCUCGGCUGAGAGGGUAGGCUACCGGCUGUGGUGUAGGCUUAGUGGAGGAUAAAUGCAAGUUCACCCACCCUUUCAGAAAAAUCCAUUGAAAGUAUAGAGAGCGUAACACUUUUCACGACAAUUGGCAGUCAUAGUUUACUCACCUUUUAUUUCUUUUUUUCCACUACACACUGGCUACUAGUAGGACCUAUUUGAAGUUCAUAGUUAAUACACAUUAUAGCCUCGUCUUGUAAGUUGACCUUGUGCGUUAGGCUGUCCAUCCCGUUUUUUCCAGGACACUUUCAGCCUCAUUUUAGGUGUCCUGACAUUUCAGGCUACAAAAAAAGGUCAAUUUGUCAGCAGGACGCGUCGAUUAAUGUAGAACUAAUCAAUGGCAAUCGCUGAAUGUCAUUAGGAAACACUUUCUUGGUGUUUUGAAACGGAUGUCUAUUUCCAUUCAUCAAAUGGCAAGAGUAUACAUGCAGUGCACUCCAUAACUGUGUAUGGUGUGCAGUGUGUGUGUGUGUGUGUGUGUGUGUGUGUGUGUGUGUGUGUGUGUGUGUGUGUGUGUGUGUGUGUGUGUGUGUGUGUGUGUGUGUGUGUGUUUUUGUGUGUGAGCCAACUUAGUGAGCUAUGUGAGCUGUUUGCGUAAGCUGUUUGUGUAACAUGUGUGUGUGUACAUGUGUGUGCAACCUGGACUCAGGGGUAGGUGUAACAUAGUAAAUGGAAAUCCGUCAGAACCAAAUUAGUGUGAUAUGUUCCGUUUGGUAUGUAUUGAUAUGUGAUGUCCAUAUCCAUUUAUUAUGAUAUGUUAUGAAUUACAAUCGUAUGAUAUGUUACAAAUUAUAAUUUGUGUGAUAUGUUACCAAUUGCAUUUCGUACAAUAUGUUACGAAUUUGCACUACGUAUUGUUGGAUUCGGGGUAAACUUUGAACAUUGAGAUACGAAAGACAUGAUAGAUCAGAAGCAUGGUAUAUAAAGGAGUGAAAGAGACUGGUUUUUAUGAAGUUAAUGGUUCUCUGUAGAAAAACAGAGUGCAUGUGGAAUGUGCUGGGUGGACGUGAGAGAGUCACGGGAGUGCGAUGGGUGAUACGGAUGGAGAGCUUAGGGUUAGACAUCAAGAGGGUUGAGGUCAGGUCAGGUCACCUUAAGGGAGACAGAGCAGUUUAUCACUGAGUCUUCCUGUGGAACCAUAAGAUGUAAGGUUUGGAGAGAAGGAGGAGGGCCUAAAGUGGAGUAUAUAUAUACUUGUGUUGGUGGAAACAUGUUUUUGUCUGAAUACAGCUGUGCCGACCCUUUGGGAAGAAUUAAACUUGCUUUAGCUUC